AUGUUAAACAGCCCAGAAGUCCAUCCGUUGUACAUGCUGGACAAAUACGAGCGAACCCCCAUCAUGUCCAACUAUUUGGCCAUCGUGGCCGUGGGCGAGUACGAAACAGCGCAGUCGGAACGAGAUCCUAGGCACGAAUUGCAUUUCAGACCCGGGAAACGGGCCCAGGCAUCGUUUGCACUCGACCUGGUGGUGAACAGUGUCAACUUCUUCGAGGCCUACUACGAAAUCCCCUUUGCCCUGCCCAAGUUGGGUCACAUCGCCAUUGAGAACUUUGGCGGGGCCAUGGAGAACUAUGGUCUCAUCACCUACGACGAAAAUGUGUUGUUGGUAGACCCCAAUGACCCAAAUGCAGCUGAGCUGAAGGCCGAGAUUCUGCUGUACGUGGCCCAUGAAAUCGGGCACCAGUGGACCGGAAACCUGGUAACGACCAACUGGUGGGACACCAUUUGGCUCAACGAAGGCAUCACGGAGUACCUCACCUACUACUCUGGACAAACGAUAGAUCCGGAAUCGGAUUGGGAAUCUGUGUUGGCCAUCAUGGUGAUGAAUAGGGCCAUUGCCAUGGAUGCUGACCCUCAGGGCAAAAAUCUGGCCCUGGUUGUCCCUGUUGAAGUCCCUGCAGAUUUCGACGACGUUUUCCAAUUCACCAGGAUUUAUGAAAAAGGGGCAUGUGUGACAAGGAUGUUGGCCAACCUGCUGACUCACACCACCUUCCGCAAUGGCAUGAGGAGGUACCUGGAAACCCAUGGUGGUGGGAACGUGAUUGAGUCCUAUCUGUGGGAUGCCAUGGAAGCUGCUGCCGUGGCCGACGGAACCCUACCCGGGUUCGGCUCCAUCGCGGGCAUCAUGCACCCCUGGACAAAUCAGCCAGGUGUUCCCAUUGUGACCAUCACCAGGGAUUACCAAACAAAUUACGCAGUUUUCUCGCAAAAACGGUUCAUGAGCGUAGUGAACAAUGACCACGACUUGGACGAAAAGUGGCCCAUCUUUGUGAGUUUCCAGCUGGGAGGCCGAGGUGUUGAGACGCAAGUCAGUACCUUGUUCCUGGACCAGGGCGAGGUUCAAGUGGACCUGUUCCUUGGGGCAGGGACCAACAAUUCUGAGGCCUGGCUCCUGGCAAACUCCAAGCGAGAAGGCUACUACAUUGUCAAUUAUGACACUGUCAACUGGAUUCGAUUGCUUGGCCAACUGAUUUCUGAUCCAUCAGUGAUUGAUCCAAUCAACAGAGCCCAGAUAUUGUCCGACUUGACCAUCUUGUGUGCAGUGGACAUUGCUGACAGCCAAGUUUGUGCAAUGGUUCCAGCAUAUUUGGUGUCAGAAAGUCAUCCGAUCCCGUGGAUAGCAGCUGCGCAGCUUUUGCCCAUUUGGCGAGGCAGCAAACUGAUGACCAUGGAUCAAUUCGACUCAUUCUUGCCCCCCAUGUUGGAGUUGGCCUUGGAUAACCUCAAGAAUCAAACCAUCACCCCUCUAGCCACUGACCUGAGCAACGUGGUGCUGCAACAAUUGAACGCCAUGACGAUGUCAAAGAGCCCCAGCAGUGGCAAGAACAAAGUUGGAAAUGACAAAAUAAAGCAGAGCAUGAAUAUUCUGACUGCCUGGCUGGGCCACAUGCGACGGUAUCAUCAGCAGAAGAAUAAGAACGUUCAAUUUUUGGGUUCAUUGACCCUUCAAGAUGAGCUCAUCAGACAAGCAACUGUGAACUGUGCUGAAAGAGGCCUACUUCUACUGAGGGUCAGGGAUGAGCUGAAAAUGACUCUUGCUGCUUAUCAGACCCUAUUUGAAAGCAGUUGUGCUUUUGGCAUCAGGAAGACACUCCAGGUGCCCCAAGUUGCCAGAGAAGGGAGAGAAGAGCUGGAAAGACGGGUUGAGUCUCUUGAAGAAGAGAAGCUGAAGUUGCUGGAGGAAUGUGAUAGACUCAGAGGACAGUUGGAGAAUGCACAGAGACUCCAUGAAGAGCAAAGAGCAGUGGAGGCAGACAGUCACAAGGAGAAAAUUGAGUUUUAUCAGCACAAAGUUCAACAAAUCAAGAACCAACUGGAGGCCAUUUUGGCUGCAAAGAAGUGAUGCAACCACUUGUGUUGGGAGCAAUUCAAUUUACCAUAUAAUUUGUUCACCAUCUUUGGUGGAGAAAUGUUCUUUCCAAUGUUUACCAUCAUUUUUCAACCAUGCUUAUGUCACAGAAUCAGCCUUUCUUGCAUUAAAGCACAUUGGUUACCAAGUA